AACGGCUCUUGGAAUUAGUAAAAAUGACAUUUUCUUUGGUCUCUUUUGUUAUCUGAACUGUUGAUAAAAUAUUUUUAGAACGCGAAAUCAAUGCUAAUUUGAUCGGUAUGAAUGUAGAUAGUACUACUCGAAAUUGUUUUAAAGCUGAGAUGAUCGCUAAUCUGAAAUCUGGGAAGGCGGACGCUUCCAUCAAAAAGCGUGAUAGCCAAUGGGAAAAUGAGGUUGUGCAGGACAGAACCACGUUUCCCGAUAUUAUUGCCCUAUCUUAUGGAGAUCGAUUUAUACCCCGUCGAUAUUAUUCCCAGCGCUUAAAUCAAAAUCUUAAGUUUGCAACCAAGAAUAUGGAAAAAGAUGUUCUGAAAGUGCAUUUUUCAGCUAAUUACUGGAGGCAAAAUAGCCUGAAGAUUGCAAUCAAUAAGACAUUCGAGUUGAAAGAAGAUAGAAUUCUACAACUUAGUGAUCAAGUAGUAAAAGGUUUGGAAGGUCGCUCCAAUGUACUUCGACGACUUGAUGUACAUGGUGAUGAAUACGAUUGGCGGUGUAUUCCGCGUUCAAAGCCUCUAGCAUUUGCUGAAACCACACACGACUCUCCCGGUUUUGAUUCGAUGUUCGAUCCAAAUAUGGUGGAUUGGUCGGUGAAUGGACAGAUUGUAGCUUCUUUCGGACAAGACUUGAUAAUUUGGAAACGUACGGAUGAUGUUACUAUGUUGUUCAAUGUAAAAAGUAUAAAGUCUUUGGCAUUUUCACCGGAUGGCAAGACUCUUGCAAUUGGAUGCAAAAUAAAUGAAUAUCCAGUGUUGGAACUGUGGAAAGUUGUUAAUUCAACAAAGUCUUUGGUUAUAAAUGGAAAAGUAUUCUCCGCAGACCACUCAGACCUACAUUGCUUGAUAUGGAACCACUCAGGAUCACAAAUUAUAUGUGGAACAGGUUUAGGUUGUUUAUACGUUCUCUCCGUGCCGGAUUUAAAAGUAGUAAGAAAGGUUCGGCGACAUAAGUUGCCGAUCAACAGAAUAAAGCUGUCACCGAAUAUGAGAUACAUUGCCAGCGGAGAUACAAGUGGAGACAUUGUGGUCUAUAAUUGGAGCUCCUGUGAUGUGUAUCUGGUAGUUUGUUCAAAACGCAAAUUGCACACUCAUUUCGAUUGGCACCCCUGGAAUGGAGAUGACUUGGUUAUAGCCGAAACAACACCAGCAUCGAUCGUAGUUCUACACGUCCCAAGCAAAGAAAUAGUGGCAUACUACCAGAGGAUGGACCGAAGAAUUAUUAUCACCUAUAUCACCUUUAGUAAAAUUACGGCUGAACUUCUUGUGAGUGUUUCCAUGGCAGGCGACGAUGGUUGCUGGGAUUUCAAAAUUCUCGUCAUGUCUUCCUUGAAUCGUGUUGUAGAUUUGCUAUGCAUUCCGGAAAGUGGAGUUCGUUUCGUGGUGUGGAGCCCUGACGGUACCCGAUUGGCGACAUCCGGCAAUGAUGAAACAUUAACAAUAUGGAACUUUUGCGCCGAAAAUAAAACUGAAUACGGUCCGAGUGUAUCGAGGGAAAAUACAUGUGAAUUGAAUUCUAAGUUUGGUUCCGUAUUCAACUUUUGGAAUUGUCUUAAGUAGUUUACUAAUCGGAGAUGUAAUAAGAAAAUUUUAACUUGUGUAUAUAUGUAUGUACUUGUAUGAAAAUGUAUGUAAGUUUUAUUGAUAUUUGUUUUUCCUAUAUUUGCACACAUAUGUAUGUACUUAUUGGUUAUUUCUACUAAGGGUUUUAUGGAAAACUGAAGAUGGUGUGCUUAUAUUAAUUUUUGUAUUUUGUUAUUAUAUUUAUUAUACUGAAUUUGUUCAAAAUAUUCAAAUUAAUAACAAUUAUGUCACCCGAAGUAUAUACAAUUAUUUAAUAAUUACAUGUAAAUAAAAACAAAAACAAAUAAAAGAAUAUUUUUAAACCACAGCCGAGGACCGUCAAGCAGUAAAUAUAGU